AUGAGGAUCGACGAUGAGCCGAGCUCAAGUUCCAACUCAACUGAGAUGCCUCCAGCCAGUGCUACUCUUCUCCAAAAAAUUAAUGACACUUUCACUGAUGAGGACUUCAUUGAUGCAAUCAAUAAGGGGAGGGAAGUACAUGCUGUGAUGGGAAAAACAGAACUACACCGAUGGAUUGACGUUCUCAACAGAUGUGAUGAAAUCCUUGAAAAAGCAGUGCAAAAGUUGGGAAAGUUAUUUUUUCAGAACGAUCAAGGGAAUAUGAAGUGUGAUCAUGAUGCGACACUGAAGAAUUAUGCGGUUGCCAUCAUACGCUUCACAGUUUUGCUCUUCGAGUGUACUUCAUCCAGACGUAUCUACAAAAGUGUGGAUAGAAUUCUUGCACUCCUUGAGAGCACUGACAUGGAUCUACUCGCUGAAGUUCUUCGAUUGCUUCAAGUUAUGGGGAAACGAUCGAAGUUCUUGAGCACCAGAAUUCCACAGAAAGAUCAACAAUCUAUGGCUAAUCGACUCACUGCUAUUGCACAAUGUUGGGGAGGAAAGCUGAGAACUGUCAAGAUGGCAGAGUGUCUGAAAAAAGAUCCGAAACUCCCUCUUCUCUUCCCGUUUUCCUAUACGGACUCAAAGCAGCGAACAAUCGUCGUUGAGCAGCCUCAGAACGAAGAAACCGUGGGGGAACUCAUCACUAGGACAGUUGCUCAACUGAGUCCACCUACCAAUUCGGAGACAACAACCACGGCUCACUUCUCAAAUGAUGAUCUUUACUGUCUGCUCUCUCGUAUUCGUAUGCACAUUGCCUUCAACGACUGGCAUCACCGAUUUAAAUGUCUAAUCGUUCGUCUUCUUUCGGUCAGCACACUUGUCUACUGCCGCCUUGGAGGAACGGAUGAAAGCACACUCAGCUCACUUUUAUACAGUGGAUUCAUUGAAGAAAUAGUUGAGUUGUUGAAAACUGAACGAGAAGCAGAUACUCAGACAAAUCACCACCUUCACGAUGCAAUUCAAACGGAAGCGCUCUCCACAUUGUGUUCAAUUGUUACCUACGAAAAAGAACCAAAAGUACCACAAAUAUUAGAUGCGCUCUCUGCUUCAAGCUAUCACGGUUUCUUAUCGGUUAUGACCAGACAGAUAGUCGAUGAGCUGAAAAGUAACAAUCUUGGAAAGCCGGGAAAACCAUCAGUUUCACUGGCCACUGCCUUGUUUUCGUUCAUUUAUCACCUUGCAAGCAUCGAGCCCGGCGGCGAUACACUGGUUAGUUCCGGACUGACUCAAACGCUUCUCAGUGUCAUCGGAUACCACGAUCUUCCGAUUGAAUGCAUCACUUUUGGAACACGAUGUGCUAGAAUUAUUGACUUGUUCACAACACUGGAUGUUACUGCGUUCAAAGCCAAUAACGGAAUGGAAAUUUGUGUGAAUAGAGUUGUGCACGAAAUCAACGAAUGCCGCAAAGAACAACCGUUUAUGAUUGACGUAUCCCACGAUAUGCCGUUCGAUGCCGAGCCAGAGCCGAGAGACGAUCAAGAGCAGGAUGAACAAAAUGAGGAGGAUCAACGAAAUAUGGAGGAAGAUGGUGUUGAAACAUCAGCAACAUCAUCAAAUGCUCCGCUACAAGAAAUGGAAGAGUCAGGUCCUGCUCCUGAUGUCGUUGAUUCGCCUAAUCAAGCCGGCUCAUCCACAGAAAAGUUCAAAGGUGGACCAUGGGAAGUGGUGCAAUCAACUGGAACAACAUGUCAUCAACAGAGAAGCGGUCUCAUUAAAGGAUUGCUAACGUUCAUUAAGCGAGCUAUCGGCGAUGGGCAGUUUCAGGAUAUCAUGAAACACAUCAUGGAGGGCGAUUUACCAGAAGCUCUUAUGCACAUUCUUUCAAAUGCUGAAUACUAUUCACCAUCUCUUUUCCACCAGUCAGCACAUCUAAUCACCAACUUCGUUUAUCAGUUUCCAGAAGAACUAUCUUCAAUUCAACGUCGCCAUGUCCCAUACGUUGUUUUCCAAAGCCUGUUGCGAAAAGAGGUUCGUCUGACGCCGGUAAAUAAGAAAUACACAUUGUUACCUCUAAAUGUUUUCAUUUUUCAGCUUCCGAACAGUAAAGAUGUCAUAACGACACUUGGAAAUGUGUUUACAGCUAUGUGCCUGAACGAACGCGGUCUGAGACAGUUCAAAAGCUACGAACCAUUCAAUCAAAUUUUCCGUAUAGUUUUGAGUGUCAAGUUCUUGGUUACUCUGCGGAAGAAACGAACAUCGGACGUUUUUGAGUCAGCGCAAGCAAUUGGAGGUGCUUUGGAUGAUUUGAUGCGACACUAUCCAGAUUUGAAACACGAUAUGCUGAAAUCGAUCAUUGUCAUCCUCGAUUUGCUACAUGAAAUCGGAAAAAAUCCACCGAAUGGCGUUGAAUUGGUUCCUACCCUCACUAAAUCCAUGGCUCGAAACAUAGUUUUUUCUCCAAACAUGAGCUUUUUAGUGCCACGAGAAGCGAGGUCGCAAGCCAACCAACAGAGAGAAGAACCAGAACAGGCAGACGAACAAGUUGGGGGCGACGUCGAUGAAGAACCGAUGGAAGUGGAAGAUGGAGAAGAUUCUGAUGUGGACGAAGAAGACAACGAGAUGUCGAUGGAUGAAACGACUGGUGAUCCUCCAGAACCAGCAGCCCCAAGUCCAGCACCACAGAAAAACCGACCAUUCGAAUAUGGACCAGGAAUGAUGUGUGAAGAUGUAUACGGCAAGAAAAUGCUGCCAAUCGGAGAUUAUAUGCUUCUCAUUGCACGUGUUGUUGAAACGAUGAUGACUCAAACACCAACGCAGAAGAUCACAGAGGAAUUCAUUGAAGGACGAGUUAUGCAGAAGAUCAUGAGAUUAUGUCAUCUUCCGUGUCCGGCAAGUGACGCAACACAAACUGCGUACCUCAAUUCGAUAUCGGCAAUCAUCAAGCAUAUUGUGAAAGCCGGAUUCCACGGUCAACGAACUGGUCCUGACGCCGGUCCAAAGUUAAUGUCGGCUAUCAUCGAAGAGUUCAUUAAAACCAUUGACCCAUUUUUCGAAAUGUACGACAAGCACUGCUCGGUACUGCAAAAGGAUGGAAGCAAGAACGCCUCGCUUUUCAUGACCCUCGACGACAAGAUUUUGGAGAAGACCCUGUUGGAAUUAAAUAGUAUCAUUCCAGCACUGUUACAUCUCAAUAAAACUCCAAUGAACUCGAGCAACUAUAAUCCACCAGACCAUCGAAACCGAAUUUUUGAGACUUGGAAGAUGCCAGAUGGAAUGAAGUUGUAUGCUAUGCUCAGAAAGCUUUCAAGGAUGCUUUGCUGGGAGCACGAACUUAUCCAAACGCUCAAGCCAACCAUCCGAACUGCAGCCACUCAAACCGAAGGAGAAAUGCUCAGUGAUGGGCCUAAUGAUGCUCAUCUUGAUAUGGAAGUUUUGCCACCAUGGGAAGAGGAUGACAUCAAGGAAAAAAGACAACAGGAGCAGGAUAAAGAUCACAGAUGGAAAGCAGCUGGAGUUUCUCAAGCAGAGCAUGAAUUCUGGUCCCACCACAAAUCACUUCAAGAAACGGUUUGCAAGUCUCACAACGCAGUCAAGGAACUGUUGAAUUCCAUGGGAAGGCAAGCCAACGUGAACAAUCCCAGACGCAUACGAACAAGAGAAGCCCCUACACUUCCUGCUGCAUCCACACAAUGCAUAUCGAUGAUCUUCACUUCGAUUUAUAAAGAUAUAAAAUGGGAGCCACCUGUCCAGAGCCUUGAAAACUCUCCAAUGGCUUAUGGACGCUACACCGAUCUGUUGGCUCAGCUCAAUUACGCAUUGUUUGAAGGUGGUAACCGCUGUGCCAGUGCAUCACUUGCUCAAAACUUAUACACCUCUGGAUGUCACAAAGCAUUCUUCGAGCUCUUCACUGAGAAGAUUGUUCCAUACUUGGGUGAAAACAUGCCAGAAGGCGUUGAAAAUGCGAUGGAGGAAUGGUGUCGAUUGGCUGGAAAACUUACUGAUCGAAAUGCUCUCGUGAAUCCAGACGGAAUUCAACAACGACGAGAUCGCCAGAUCACGGAUUUCGACACUGUUAAGUACUUGAAAUUGGUUUGCCGGGAUAUGUUCCAUGCCUACAAACAGUUUUUCGAGAAAAUGGCUCAGAUGCCUGACUGGGAAUUGAAGUCUUUGAAGAAAGUGUGCGAGAGUGCAUUCUCUGUGUUCAAGGAAGUUGCUAAGAACUUGGUUGAAGAAGCGGAAAACUCACCUGCUCCGGCAGCUGCUGGAAACGCGAACGCUCCUGAUGCUCCUCCAGAAGAGUGGGCGCCAGGAGUUCCACGUCCAGCUCAACCUCCGGCGGAUGCUCCUCCAGCCCCACAAGCACCAGAUGCACAAGACGAAACGAUACGAAUGUUGAUGGAUCUUGGAUUCUCUCGUGAUAUAGUCCUCUAUGCAUUGGAGAACACUCGUAAUGCUGAUGAGGCUGCAAACUAUCUUCUAGCUCAAGGACAGGAAGUUAGUAUUCGAAUCCAAGAUGUUGUGAAUGCCUUCCGUGACGACAAUGAUGACGAUGAUGGGAUACAAUUUGCACUCCGUGCCAUGCGCCCAAUUGUCCCAACAGCUUCACCUAGUGCCAAUGAAUUGGAGAACGAGCUGCGUGAUUCGUUAGCCAAUCGCCAAGGAUACGAGUUAGUUCGCACUGCUCAACGUACUCUGCGAGAUGCAAACAUGGAUCAAGUCGCUGAUCAACUUGUCGAGAUUUAUCCAGAUGAGAGUGCUGCAAUCAAUGCUGAUAGUCUUAUCACUACUGUUAUGGACCGUGUUCGAAAUCCCCGCUCGACAUAUGAGGAAAACAUCGCUACCCCGCUCAUUCCUCCGUUGAGCCAACUGAAAAUCGAGCAAGAUGUGUCAUUGAGUAGUGCGUGCGAGCAACUUUUCCCUCUUGUCAAACGUCUUCUCGUGGUGUCGAACGACACGAUUCAUCCAUGUGCUGAACUCAUCGUUUCGAUAUUCCCUGCCAUGACAGAGAAUUGGAGAAAAGAGCAUUUGAUUGCUGAGAUAUGUGGACAAGAUUUGUUGAACAUGGCUGAAAGCUUCAUCAACCAAGAACUUGAUGAUUCUGGCAAGCCAAAGGAUCACGAAAUUGCUAGAACGAUGGCCAACCGACUACAUUUUGCUGUUUUGAUCUUUGAAAACGUUUCUGAAGAAUAUGUCCAAUGGAUUGAUUCGAAGGGAAUGACUCAAGCCAUGAUCAAGAUGUUGGAGUAUCUAGUUGAAAGGUUCAAAGUUGUGGAUUAUUACCAAUCUCUCGUAACUCGUGUGGUUUGCUGGUUCGAUUUCUACGCGAAGACUCAUCGUUUGGUUCUCAGAAGAAAAUAUCUCCAGUCCCUCACACCGACACUUGAAUGGUUUUAUCAAGCUUAUGAAGAAGAUGGAAUGAGGAGACGCCAUGAAUAUGCACCAGGGGAUAGGAAAUGGGUACCUUAUGAUGCUUCAACACAAAAACUUCUCAACGACGCAUUCUUCUCUGGAGCUCGAGGAAUCAAGUGUCUGGUCAAGCGUGGAACGCGUCCAAGUAAACGAAUGGAUGUCGACUUCACUACGAUGAAACAAACCGACUCCACUAUUCGGGAAAUCAUCAGAACAGAUAUACCAUCCAAUGUCACUGUUUCGAUUCCUGAUUUGAUGGCAUCGGAAGCAAGACUUACUUGGCCAGAAGAAGAAAAUGAUAAGCUGUUGGAACUCUCAGUGAAAAUUCUGAAAGCAGGAGCUCUUGAUCCAAAAUGUUCCCACUCCAUGCUCAGUUUCAUUUCGCGAUUGACCAAACACAAGAGAAACGCUGAGAAGUUCGUGGACUUGAAUGGAGUUGUUUCCAUUUUCAGACUUCGAGCUCGUUGUGCAUCGACGUAUCCAUAUCUGGUUUCCGUUAUCAUCAGAAAUUGCAUCGACGAUGAAACUCUCCUCACUCAUGUGUACGAGAAAACGAUUCGAUCAUACAUUGCCGCUCCGAACCAUCCGCCUAUUUCGAUGUCAGAAUAUGGUAUCAAACCUAAGGAGUUCGUUGAUACUCUCAAUUUCAUGGCUCCAUUGUCAUCUCGAAACCCUCUGGUUUUCACGGAAGCGGUGAACAAGUUGGCCAGAUUGAAUGGUCCGGACAUUGUUCCAAUACCGAAGGAGAAGAAACCAGCUGCUUCAUCAUCCACUGCUACCGAUGCUGCUGCUUCAACGUCAUCGGCUCCACCAACUACAUCUGCUAGUUCACACACUGUCAUUGAAAACAACGACACUGCUAUUGUCAUUGUCAAUAUGAUGGUCCAUGAAGUUCUAUAUGGAGAUUUCCCAACUGUUGGCCCGACACGAAUGCUCCCACAGGAGAAGAUACUGACAAUACUUGCCGAAAUCAUAAAAUCUUAUCCAUCUCUGGCUAUCGUCGUUGCUGAAUGUCGAGAUGAACAACUAAGUGCUCUCUAUUCGCUUAUCGACACUUAUGUUAGUGCACCGGUGGAUAAGUUGGAAGUGACUAAUGCGCUGAAAACCCUCAUUGCCGUCAUCUCAGCUUCGCAAAACUCUACAAAAGCACAAGAUCUUCUCGUAACAGAUGUGAAAUCUGCUCUGAUAUCUUACUCCGAAGACGCGUAUAAGGUCAGACAGGAACAAGAAAAGAACAAAGCUGAAAAGGAGUCGGAAGAAAGGGAAGACGCCGCUGCCGAGCUAGAGAAACAAGAGGAAGAAAUUUUACAAAAGAUUUCUGAGUUAUGUUCUAUCAUCAUCAUCAUGUGUCAGAGCUGCCCAGCUCCUCACCACCAUCAUUCCGAUCGACAUCACCGGGAGAGAUUAUCACAGAACGCUGUUAUGAAACUAUUCCAUAAGAAGAAAAUCUGUGCUGACCUCGUUAGAACUAUUCAUUGUCUACAAUUGUCGAGCAAGGAAUCACUGGAUGCAAUAAAUCAAAUUCUCAAGACCCUUGAUACGCUUCUUGAAGGAUCAUCUGCCUCUGGACCCGCUGGUCUGUCAGGUGCUAGAUCCUUCAUGGAGUUUCUAGGAGCGAGACCGGUAGGCCGGGAGCGGAGAGUCCUUGCUGCUGGCGAUCCAAUAGAACGUGAAAUCGAAAGUAUGAUCAAUCGAGACGGCUUUGCUUUUGACGGAGAGAUGCAAAGUUUACUGCGGCGGUUGCAAGGCGAUGAUUGGAGAGCCGGUCCACCAAGAGCAGGACAACCAGGUGGAGAAGACGAAGAAGGGUCUGACAUUUUCGAAAGAGAACGUUCUGAUAGCCCAUCUGAAGCUUCUGAGCAUGUAGGAGACGAAGACGUCAGAGAUGAUGCUGUGGAAACUGGUGAUGGAGAAGUAGAAGUGGAAAUGGUCGAUAUUCAAGAAGACGCCGCAAAUCCUCCAGGAGAGCUGGUAGCUGUUCAAAUGGAGAUUCCUCAGGAUGACGGAGAAGACGAUGGGGAAGAUGAAGAGGACGAGGAAGACGACGAAGAUGAUGAUAACCAAGAUGCUCCGGAAGGAGAAGAAGAUGAAAAUGAUCGUGAGGAAGAUGACGAUGAAGAUGAGGAAGACGAGGAAGAUGACGAGGGAGAAGAACAAGAAGAAGCUAUGAGAGUAGUGGAGCCAAAUCCAGAACCUGCUGGAGUUCGUCGACUUUACGAUGAAGAAGAUGACGAUGACGAAGAAGAUGCCGAUGAAGAUGGUGAUAGCAUGGAAGAUGAUGUAGCUAGGUUGGAUUUGGAUGAUGAUUAUUUCGACAUUGGUGCACCAUUUGAUGUUCACCGUAUGGAUGACAUGAUCUUCCCUCCAAGUUUCGGCCGCCCAGGUGUCACUGCAUUUGCUGAUAUAUUCAGAGACGAGUUUGAUUUCUUACCACCGUAUCGAACGGACAGAAGACCAAUACCUCGCGCGUCCCACAUUGGAGGAGUCAUCAGUGAACACCCACUGAUGACACGACCACCAGCAGAAAGUGAUGUUGCUCGUCGUCCGAAUUCCGCCUUGCGAGCUGAAAUUCUCUCUAUGCAUACUCGUACUACAUUACAUCGUCAAAAUGCCAUACGAAGAACGACCAAUGAGGCACGAGAAAUCGAAGCAAUCAGCCGAUCAGUCAGAAUGGGAGAAUUCCCACCAGGACGAGUGGUUAUCCGCGGAACCAAUGCUACAGGAGACGGUGGAGCUCAUGCGUCGUUCUUUGAUCACAUUUUCGAGAUGCGUCCAGCGAAUGUGGCCUUCACAAGAAAUCCAUCAAACUUCCGAACUUACAACGCUACGGAUCGUGAGGACCGUCGUGAUGUGCGUGCUAGUCAAGUCCCAACAUGCUUGGAACGCUUGGAAUCCUACACUCUCUCUAUGGAACCUAUCUCAACCAGAUUUGUUACUGCGAUCGUCAAUUCUUAUCUAUGGACUUUCCACACUGCACGCGAAACUCAGAUCAGGAAAGACGCCGAGGCGAAAGCAAAAGCUAAAAAAGAAGCUGAUGCUGCCAAGAAAGCGGCUGAAGAGAAAAAGAAGGCUGCCUCUCAAGCUCAACUUGCGCAGGCUGCUCCUGUCGCAGUACCGACACCAGAAGAUAUAGGUCUCGCCACUCCUGCUGCAACCAAUACCACCAACACAGUUUCGGAAUCACAAGCACCAAACGCUUCGAACAGAGGAGAAGAAACAUCAACAACUCCAGCAGGAACACUUCCAGAGGCACAACAAGCUCAAGAACCUGUUGUUCCAGAGGAACCCAUGGAAACUGGUGAUGAUGACAAUGCUCAAGAUGCACUCCCACAAUCUUCUGCAGCCACCGCAGCGUCUUCCGUUGCUGGAACAGAAGAGAUUGAAGCAGUUGAAAGACAAGCCGUCGAAGAGCAUGUUCCACCAAUUCAAGAUCACGAUAUUCCUCCAGUUCGACUUGUUGAAGAACGAGUACCAGGAAGGCAUAUGAUGGAUGAAGAGUUUCGUGCAAUCCUUGGUGACAUUGAUAUACCGGAUGGUGUGGAUCCCGCUUUCCUGGUUGCUCUUCCAGAAGACAUGCGCCAAGAAGUUAUCCGUGACUUCCAACGUCAGCAAAGAGCCGAAAGAGCGUCCCGUCCAGUUCCAGCUGCUCAACCGGUCGUCGCCAAUGCAGCAGAACCAGCGGCUGAAGCUGCUGAGGCGCCCGCUGCAGACAGAGCCCCACUGAUCGAGCCAAUUGAUCCAGUAUUUUUAAACGCUCUUCCACCAGAGCUACAAGAAGAAGUUCUUGCUGAACAUGAAAGACGUGUUCGUGAAGCUGAAGAUCAACUGAGACGUCAGAAUGCACCACCAGCACAGCCUGUGGAAAUGGACGGAGCUGCAGUUAUCGCUUCUCUACCAGCCAACGAAAGAGCUCAAGUACUCGCUGAAAUGGAUGAGGCUGAAUUAGCAGGCUUACCAGUAGAAAUGCAGAAUGAAGCACGACGAGCAAGAGCUCAGCACAUUGAACCAAACAUGCUUCGGUAUCAUCGGCUGUUAUUCCGUGGUGGAGCUGGCGGUGGCCCAGCGCAAGUCGGGCUAGCAAGAACAAGAACAACGACUAGGCCAGGUAAAAGUUUGCAUAAUGUCUCAGCUCAAUCAGGCCCCACAAUCGGACAAAAUGCAGGAAAUGGAUAUCAAGCUCCCACAGAUCAUCCACAUUUGCUUGAUAAAGAGUCAAUUUUGACUCUUUGUCUUCUCUACCUAGUCGACAACAACAGAGUUCCUCAUACACGUCUCCAAAAAGUCCUCCGAAGUGCUUGUGUGAACCAGACAACCUGUGACUUCAUCGUAUGGUGUCUAUUAGCGUUGCUGGAUAAGGCUAGUGAUUCUAACAUGGACGAUGAAGAGAUGAUCUCCAACGUUCCAGCAUGGCUCGACUCAAUUGCAGUAUCUGGUGUUGGUCAUAACGAGAAAGCCAUAAGAAUUUCGGAAAAUGCUCAGAAGGUUUCGAUUCACUCAAUGUUGGCUAUUCCAAUGUGCAAGAACAUUCUCGAUCUUCUCACUAAUAUUGCUCGCUCUUAUCCGGGCAACUUCUUACCAGCAAUUCUUCGUCAUGGAGCAAAGCCAACAGAUGUUCCCAAGCAGGCACCAUCUUUCCAACAGUUCUGGAACAUGGUUCAAACCCAAAGUUCCAAAUUCCCAAGAAGUAAGGAUUGGACCACAGCACCGGAACAACAACUGGAGGAGUGUCCCCUUGGGCAGAUGCUGAGUUCUCUCCAAAAACCAACAAUGGCCAAGUCUCCAUUGAAAGAGAAGGUGUUGAAGGUCGCAAGUCAAAUCAUGGUAACGCUACCGAUGGACACUUUGAAAUUGUUGGGAAAUGAUGAGUCGAGAAAGCCAUUUGCUGAAAAGUUGGAAUUCGUAAUCCGAGUUAUGACGACUGGGUCGUGCAGUGCUGAGGGUCUUUCUGAUGGACUCACUAUCCUAUCUGAAGCGAUGAGAAGUUUCUCCGAUUCCACAUCUACUGAUAUUUACGAACAUCUCUUCUCUGCUGUCACUAAGCUUGGAAGCGAGCUUCUUCCUCAAAUCGAUCGGUUGAUCCUGGAAUUAGAUGAUGCCCAAAAGCCGGAAAAUGCGUCAGUUGGAGGUUCCGAUCAAACAUCUACAUCCUCGAAGACUGCCCAACUAGUAGUAGACACAAACGCCGGAGGACGUACAGCUGCGGGUAGAUUCGAUGGUGAACGGGUUGUCAUUGACGGAGAUCAGAACAUGCGGCUUCAAAUGAGCUCUUGUAAGGAACUACAACUCCCAGCCGUCACAGUUCUCACGGACAAAGGAGGAUCUCAGUAUGCUAUUCUCAGUGCUCUGCAAACCCUCGUCAAAGUUCGGAGUCAUAUGAAGGCGAUCAAAAAGGAUAAAACUAAGCGGGCUAAGGAGGCCGAGAAAAAGCAGAAAGAGAAAGGUAAAGAAACUCCAACUAACAGCUCAGUACCACAACCAACUGAUACGGCUACCUCCGCUUCCUCUGCUGCUUCGAACCAGCCAGCACAAGAACCAGAAUCAGAAGAUGUCGUUGAUGAGGAACCAAGAAUUUCUGAACGUCUGCAUUCUCUCGAGAAUCUUUGGAAUUCUCUGUCUGAUUGUCUCCUUCGUCUUGGAAAAGCUUCAGAUCCACAUGCCGUUUUGGCACUCCAACCGGCUGCAGAAGCAUUCUUCCUCGUUCACGCUUCUCAACAACAAAAACCGAAGAGCAAGGAUUCAGAAGCUAAGCGGAAGGAAAGCCAAGCAGCGCCAUCAACAUCAGCCGCUGCAGCUGUUGCUUCAUCUGUUUCUCAUGACGGUCUACGAGAAGAUUUGGAUCCGGAUACUGCCAAGCUCAUCGAGUUUGCAGAGAAACAUCGUCAAGUUCUCAAUCAAGCUCUUCGUCAAAACAAUGCUGUUCUGUCGGCUGGUGGCCCAUUCGCAGUUUUGACUCAGUUCCCCAAACUUCUGGACUUCGAUGUUAAGAGAAAAUACUUCCGGAAAGAACUAACCAAAAUGGAGCCUUCAAUGCCUCGUUAUCGCCGUAAUGACGUUUCGGUACAAGUGUCUCGCAACCGUGUCUUCUCCGACUCAUUCAGGGAACUCUUCCGCCUCCGACCAUCUGACUGGAAGAACAGAUUCUAUAUUAUUUUCCAAGGAGAAGAAGGACAAGAUGCUGGAGGACUUCUGCGAGAAUGGUUCUCUGUAAUCACUAGAGAGAUCUUCAAUCCUAACUAUGCUCUGUUCAUCACUGCUCCAGGAGACAUGGUGACCUACAUGAUCAAUAAGGCAUCUUACAUCAAUCCUGAACAUCUUGACUAUUUCAAAUUCGUCGGACGGCUUAUUGCAAAAUCCGUAUUCGAGCACAAAUACCUAGAUUGCUAUUUCACUCGUGCAUUCUACAAACACAUCCUCAACUUGCCAGUACGGUAUCAAGAUUUGGAAAGUGAAGAUCCAGCUUUCUUCAAAUCGCUUGAUUUCUUGCUUCAAAAUUCGAUUGACGAUCUUGAUCUUGAUCUAACUUUCUCAACGGAAGUAGAGGAGUUUGGAGUUCGUUCGGUUAGAGAUUUGAAGCCAAAUGGAAGAAAGAUUGAGGUCAACGAUGCUAACAAGGAUGAAUACGUGAAAUUGGUUUGCCAAAUGAAGAUGACGGGAUCAAUUCGGAAGCAACUCGACGCGUUCCUCACCGGAUUCUACGAGAUUAUUCCGAAAGAUCUCAUUUCGAUGUUCAACGAACAGGAGCUGGAGUUACUCAUUUCUGGACUUCCAACAGUUGAUAUAGACGACAUGGCAGCUAACACCGAUUACAAAGGAUUCCAGAAGACGUCAACACAUAUUCAGUGGUUCUGGAGAGCUCUUCGCUCAUUCGAGAAAGAGGACAAAGCCAAGUUCUUGCAAUUCGUCACUGGUACCUCCAAGGUGAGUGAAUUCACCUUCUUUACAGAAAAGAUAAUGAUUGAGUUUCAGGUUCCACUUCAAGGAUUCGCAUCUUUGGAAGGAAUGAAUGGAGUUCAAAAGCUCAGCAUCCAUUUGGACAGCCGUGGUGGAGAUAGACUUCCAGCAGCUCAUACAUGUUUCAACCAAUUGGAUCUUCCUCAAUACGAUUCAUACGAAAAGCUGCGUCAAUCGCUUCUUCUCGCUAUCCGUGAAUGCACCGAAGGUUUCGGAUUCGCUUAA